AUGUGGGCCGCAAUUCUCGCUUUAGUAGUUUUUACCAACGCUAUUGAUUUAAGCUCUCAAGCCUUUGGUAGCGAUAACAUGAACUUGCAACCAAAAUUCAUUCGUGGUGGUCACGUUUCAGUCAGAAGCCCUGGAAAUUACGGUCAACCAGGAUUAUUCCACUACGAUGAUAAAACUUACAACCAAAAAUCAUUCCCUUACCCUCAAUAUCCACCUCGAUAUCAACCUCAAUAUCAACCGCAACUUCAGUAUCAACCUCAAUAUCAAGCUCAACUUCAACAUCAACCUCUAUCCCCACCUCUGUCUCAACCUCAACCUCGAUCACAACCUCAACCUCAACCUCAACCUACACCUCAACCUGAAACUCAACCUCAACCUGGUCAACAAUCCUUGUCGGUUAAUACGUUCAAAUCCUCAGGGCUUGAUUACCAUGAUAUUUUUGACAAGAAUCGUCGAGAGGCUCAGCAGGCUGAUCAGGCUCAACUGACCCAAUCUGGUCAAUAUCGUUCUCCAGCCCUAUAUAGUAAACAAAAAAAAAGGAAUACUUUAAAAUGGUACACCAUAAAUUUAAUGCUGAAGAUGAGGCAUCUCGUGAAGAAAUUAUCCAAUUUGAUUCCUAAUCCCGACGAGGCCUCGAUUGGGUUAGCUCAGUGUGGCUCUGAACAAGGCUACUGA